UCCCUUCCCCCCUCGUCGCCAUCCCGCACACCACCCUCGUGCCCCCACCACCGGCGGAAGCCGCCAAAAACCCCGGCCGCCUGCUGCCGAUCCGCGCACCGCACGCCGACACGCCCGCCUCGUGAACUAACCCGCGCCCCUCCGCCACUGCUGCACACGCGCGCAGGGUUCAGUCAGGGCUUUGGCCCGAGGUUCAGGCCGGGAUGAGAUCCCCGUCCCUGGAGCCAGCCGCGGCCGCCGCGCCGGUCCCCCGGGCUGCGGCCUUCGGGCGGGUCCGGGUCGCCCACGGCGCGCGGGGGCCGCGUGGCGUCGCGGGCGCCGGCGUCGCUGGGACCGCGGGCCGCCUGAGGGUGCUCGUCGCCGCGCUCCCGGAGCCCCUCCUCCACCGGCUCAUGCCCGCGCAGGAGGGCGCCGCAGCACUGUCGCCGGAGGCUGAUGAGGUGCAUGGGGACAUGGCUUCUGCCGAGAUUUCGUCACCCGCUGCUCGUGCUGUUCCUGGAAGCACAGUGCGUGUCAGAUUUGUGCUAAAAGAGCGGUGCAACUUCGGCCAAAGCUUCCAGAUGGUCGGCGACGACCCGGCGCUCGGCCUGUGGGAACCGGCGAGGGCGGUGGCUUUGGAUUGGUCUGAAGGCCACAAUUGGACAGUGGAGAAAGAUUUGCCUGCCAACAGGCUGAUUGAGUUCAAGUUCUUGCUGCAAGAUUCCCUGGGGAAGUUCCACUGGCAGAAUGGACCUAACAGAACCCUACAGACAGGUGAAACCACAAAGACAUUGGUGGUCUACGAGGAUUGGGGUAAUGCGAAGAAUCAGAAAGUAGCAGAGGAGGGAGACGCCCCGGUUCAAAUGAUGGAGGCAGUUCUCGAUGGUGAUCACGGCAGAAAUGGUGAUCACGGCAGAAAUGGUGUUGUUUCGGCACAUGAGCUACAAGUGUGUGACAAUCAAGAGAUGAAAGAACCAGAUGCGCCCAUGCCGAUCCCUUGGGGCGGAGCUUUUGGCCGGGUCCGGGUCACCUACGGCGUGCAGGGGCUGCGGCGCGUCGGCAGCGAUGGCUUGGCUGGGACUGCCGGCCGCCUGAGCGUGCUCGUCACCGCGCUACCGAAGCCCCUCGAGCAGCUCGUGCCCACACAGGAGGGUGGCAUAGCACUAGCGCCGGAGGCUGAUGAGGUCCAGGGGGGAGUGGCCUCUGCUGAGAUUUCGUCACCACCUGCUCCUGCUGUUCCUGGAAGCACAGUGCGCGUCAGAUUUGUGCUAAAAGAGCAGUGCACCUUUGGCCAAAGCUUCCACCUGGUCGGUGAUGUCCCAGCACUUGGCCUCUGGGAACCGACGAAUGCGGUCGCUAUGGAUUGGUUGGAAGGCCAUGACUGGACAGUAGAGAAAGAUUUACCUGCCAACAGGUUGAUUGAGUUCAAGUUCUUGCUCCAAGAUUCCUUGGGAAAGUUCCAUUGGCAGAAUGGGCCUAAUAGAAGCCUACAGACAGGUGAAACCACAAAGACAUUGGUGGUCUACGAAGAUUGGGGUAAUGCGAAGAAUCAGAAAGUGGCAGAGGAGGGACACACCCCGGUUCAAAUGAUGGAGACAGUUGUCAAUGAUGAUCACGGCAGAAAUGGUGUUGUUUCGGCACAUGAGCUACAAGUGUGUGACAAUCAAGAGAUCAAAGAGGACGAAUCAACUAUAAGCGAUGAUGAUAAUUCAAUGGCUGCUGCUAUUGCAUCUGUUGGAGAGGAAACAAUGAAGGCAUGUGAAGCUGAUCAACCAGAGCUAUUGAUGGGCGAACAGAAAAUUCAAGAUGAGCUUCGUUAUGAAAUAGACACAGCACCCCAGAAUGGCAGGGCUACGACGUAUGCUGAUGCUGAUGGUGAAUACGAUGAAACGACCGACGAUGAUAGUAUCCUGCCCAAGAAUGGCGCUCUGGUUAAGCAUGGGCUGGCAGGAGCUUUUGAGCGCGAGUUGCUUUGGGGUUGGAAGGCCUUGCAGCAGCUCGUGGGCUUCAAAGCGGACACAUGAGAGAUGAUGCAUCUGGUAUUGCUUGCUAUGUAUGCACGGGGGCAUGGCGGUUUAGACGGCAUGCUGUUCCUCAAAAUGAUGUAGUGGAGAACACUAGCAGGUAGCAGCAGCUACUGAGUAUUUUGUUGUGGCCCUCUGUUGUGUGUACAUAGUUUCUCUGGGAGAAACGCUAUUUGUCAAGGGAUUGUAACAACUUGUUAUCAAUAAGCCAUGAUCGGUCUGUCGACAGUUUGUAAAGCGGCCCCCGUUUUGACCCAGGGAAGAUAAUAUCCUCUGCAAGGAUGGUCAGUGAA